CGCAAUUGCAAAUGAACUAACCUCCUCUACGAUGGCAUCACUGCCGAUGUCAGAAUCAACUGACAGCAAACAUCGCAAGAAAAAAAACAUAGGUGUGUGUAAAUAUGGCAGACAAGGCAGAGAAAAUAGCUGCUGCAAGAAAAAAGCUAAAGCAGUAUCAGGCGCGACAGAAAGACCGGGAUCAUGACCCCCAUCAGGCGCAGGAAACGUGCACUGAACCGACACCACCGGACAUAGGUCAACCACCAGCGUCCGUACCGUCACAACAACAGUCGGCUCCAUCUCCUACACACCAUUCCUACCCGAACAGUAGCAAUCCUCAAGCCGGAACAUUGCAUCAGGAUGAUUUCAAUGCGGGUGGAAGCUUCACAGCGGUGGAACUCGUACCCACCCUCAAACCCUCCACGUCGACGGACGGACCAGCUGUUUCAAUUUCGAACUACUUCAGCAACAGUACGCUUCCCUUCUCCCACCAGCCGGGUGCGGUGGAUUUGUUUGAAAAUGUCGAACCGAAGCUUGCCCCUGUUCCAGCCCCGGCGGUACCAGCGCCGGUUGUGGAAGCCCGUGCACCCGAACCACCGGUUGACGCUAGCCUGUACAACAUCAACAAACUGUCGGAUGAAAUCGGGAACCUUAUCGCGAAUGCGAAUGCAGACCUCGGUCCGCAGAACACGAUACUCGAGCUGGAAUCGGAAAAGGCCGAUCUAGCGCGACAGCUUAACGCGGAAAAGCUAGAAAACGAUGAGCUGCGGUUGCGGCUGCGCAACCAUCAGUCCGUGGUGGACGAGCUGAAGAUCGAGAACGAUAAGCUGCGGCUGGAGAACAGUACGCGCCUGACGGUGGAGAUGGGUCCACUGCAGGAGCAGCUGCAGAUGCAAAUACAGGCCGUUGGGGUGCUGGUUGGCGAGAAGGCAGAACUUACCGCAUCGCUGAGCAAGUGUAAAUCGCUGCUGCAGGAACGAAGCGCCGAAACGAACGAGCUUCAGAAUCGUUUGAAAGAAGCGAACGCUUCCGUACAGAAGCUGCAGGGAGAGCUGGCAGAAGUGGCCAGUAGCGGACAGCGUUACGAGCAGCUCGAGCAAACGAUCGCUUCCCAGGUCGGUGAGUACCAACGGGAGGCGGAACGUUUCCGCAAGCUGUACGAAGAUCUGCAGGAAGAUAUAGCCGAACUGCGCCAAAAGCUUACCGUGCGCAAUGAAGAGUAUCAAUCGGUGCAGCAAUCGCUCGAGCAAACGCGAUCCGAGCUCGGGCUGGCCAAGAUUCGCAUCGAUCAGCUAACUACGGACGAUGGACAGGAUUAUAAUGCAAAAAUUGAAUCCCUCACCCAGCAAAACCUUAUCAAGGCACAGCAAAUUAAGGAUCUGCAGGAGGUGAUCAAGCAGAUCGGAAGCGAACGGGACCAGAGCAGCCAGCAGUACCAGAACUAUGUGCUACAUUUGAACAAGGAAAUAAGCAACUUGGCCGAAAAGAUCCAGGAGCUAACGGACGAGAACAAUCGCCUGUCGAAGAGCGAGGAAACGGCCGUACGCUUUGCAAACGAGCUCGAGCGACAGAUACAGCAGCAGAUGCAGAAGCAGCAGUCGGUGUACGACGCUCAGCAGGACGCGAAGGUGGAAUCGUCCCAAGGGGAUGAUGCCAAGUUGCGGGAAGAGCACGAACGGUUGAAAGCGGAACUGGAAACACUGCGCUCCAAUUACGACAAGCUGAACCGUGAAAAGGAAGAGCUUAUGAAUGGAAACGUUUCGAAGGAGGAACAGCAGAAGACCGAUUAUGACACACAGGUUAAGGAGUACGAGGAGCAAAUUGCUCAGCUACAACUUACCGUCGAACGACUUCAGCUGGACAAACCGGAUGUGGCGAAACUGUUGGCAGAGAUUGAAAGUGGUCGCGUCGGUGCGUCCCGUGCCGUCACGCAGAACCAGGAGCUGAAGUAUCAACUGGAAGAAAUGCAGCGAGCAUUUGUGCAGAUUAGCAACGACAAGCUAAACCUAACAGACAAACUUCAAACGGAGCUUCAUCUCGGCAAGGAAAUGAAAGCAAACUACGGCAAUCUGGAGUCCGAGCUGGCUGCCAUUCGCGAGAAGCUGCACUACAAGGACGAGGAAAUGAUACGCCUAGCGCACGAAAACACCGAACUGAGCAAGCAAAUUUACCAGCAGAAUCAGGAAAUCGAUCGGUUACGCUACUACGAGUCACGUUCGAACGAUGCCGCUACGCUACAGCGCGAACUGGAGCUCCAGAAACGAACGGCGGAAGAUCUUCGUCGUCAGCUGCGCGAAGGGUCCGUGUCGAGCGAUCAGCAGCCGGUGCUGGUAAACGGUGACCAGACAGGGCACGAACAUUCGCCCGACAACAACCACUCCCAGCUGCAGCAAGAAAUCGACACGCUUCGGCAGGAAAAGGAAGAGCUACUGAAGGCCUUGAACCGAUUCCAGCAGGAUCGUUCGGAAGGACCACCGAACGGUGGUAGUACGUUCGAUCGGCAGUCGUCCAUCGUGAGCAGCAUCCCAACGAUGGAAGCGAUGGAAAAGUUGCAGCAACGCUUCAAGCGCACCAUGCUGGAGGUGGCCGAGCUGACGGAGGAAAAGCAACGGCUCGAGCAUCUCGUGAUGCAGCUGCAGGGUGAAACGGAAACGAUCGGUGAAUACAUCACGCUUUACCAGCAGCAAAGGCGCUUGCUAAAGCAAAAGGAUAUGGAACGCGAUCUGCAGCUGCAGCAGCUGGCGGACGAUCGGGAAAUGAUGAAGCUGAAGCUGAAGGAGCUGAACUAUCUCGUGCACCGAUUGGUACAUGAGCAGCAGACCGGUGAGCAUGAGCAUGAUCAUCACGAGCAUCAUCAGCAUCACCACGGACAUCAGCAUUCCGCUUCGUUGAACAGCAGUAGCAGUAAUAGCAGUAACCACAACCACAGUCAGCUAGAACCGAAUACCCCUACUAGUCCGGGUUACGACGAUAGUACGACGGUAACGGGUGGUACGCCCACGGUAGCGGAACCAGUCGCCGGAAUGCUACACGGUGCUGAUGGAGAACCCCAUUCACCACUGCUGCCAUUACCAAAGGUGCACAUUAAGCCAACGGAAACGGCUGGCCGCAUCCUUUCGUUGCUGACCGAUAUUAAGGAGGCAAAUAUUCCGUACGGCAGUGGUGUACAGCACUGUUCCUGCUGUUCUGGUCGGUUGGAAACGGUUUAAACACACAUACACCCGUGGGGACAACCCGGAAGGCCCGAGGCCACAUGACGUCCCUCGCACUCGAACCCUCCCCAACAAUGUCCUGCCCCUCCUUCACCCAUCAAAAGCUGUGGUAUAGUUUUCCUUGUUUUUUUUUAACGAUAUAUUGCAUAUUUUAUUAUUGUCAACGUUUCUUCUGGCAUAUAUUAUUUGUAGCUGGCAUAGCGGUAUUUGUACGAUCGAAAUAUAUAUAUAUAUAUAUAGAACUAACGCAAGCAUAGCGCGUAAAACAGAA